AGUGGGCGGGGCUUGGGCCUGCGUCCCUCGGCCCUGGAGGCGGAGCCCUCGGGGCGGUGGAGGUGGGCGGGCUUCUACAGCCCUCUCAAGCUUGAGGGUGAGAAGUGGCUUGUUCCCUCAGAGCAACUGAUGACACUGCAUAUUUUCCCCUGUUCUUAUUGGGAGAAGGCCUUGUGUGUCACCAAGAGGUUCUCAGAAGGGACCUGUCAGUUUUUGGUUAAAAGAACCCGGAAAGAGAAGGACUAUGGGGGAACUGAUGGCGUUCCUGUUACCUCUCAUCAUUGUGUUAAUGGUGAAGCACAGCGAUUCCCGGACGCACUCUCUGAGAUAUUUUCGCCUGGGCAUUUCGGAUCCCAUCCAUGGGGUCCCUGAAUUUAUUUCGGUUGGGUACGUGGACUCGCACCCUAUCACCACAUAUGACAGUGUCACUCGGCAGAAGGAGCCACGGGCCCCAUGGAUGGCAGAGAACCUCGCGCCUGAUCACUGGGAGAGGUACACUCAGCUGCUGAGGGGCUGGCAGCAGAUGUUCAAGGUGGAACUGAAGCGCCUGCAGAGGCACUACAAUCACUCAGGGUCUCACACUUACCAGAGAAUGAUUGGCUGUGAGCUGCUGGAGGAUGGAAGCACAACAGGAUUUCUGCAGUAUGCAUAUGACGGGCAGGAUUUCCUGAUCUUCAGUAAAGACACCCUCUCCUGGCUGGCUGUAGAUAAUGUGGCUCACACCAUCAAGCAGGCAUGGGAAGCCAAUCAGCAUGAGUUGCUGUAUCAAAAGAAUUGGCUGGAAGAAGAAUGUAUUGCCUGGCUAAAGAGAUUCCUGGAGUAUGGGAAAGACACCCUACAAAGAACAGAGCCCCCAGUGGUCAGAGUAAAUCGCAAAGAAACUUUUCCAGGAGUUACAGCUCUCUUCUGCAAAGCUCAUGGCUUUUACCCCCCAGAAAUUUACAUGACAUGGAUGAAAAACGGGGAAGAAAUUGUCCAAGAAAUUGAUUAUGGAGACAUUCUUCCCAGUGGGGAUGGAACCUAUCAGACGUGGGCAUCAGUUGAGCUUGAUCCUCAGAGCAGCAACCUUUACUCCUGUCAUGUGGAGCACUGCGGUGUCCACAUGGUUCUUCAGGUCCCCCAGGAAUCAGAAACUAUCCCUCUUGUGAUGAAAGCUGUCUCUGGGUCCAUUGUCCUUGUCAUUGUGCUGGCUGGAGUUGGUGUUCUAGUCUGGAGAAGAAGGCCCCGAGGUGAGAGGCACAUGGAAGGGAUCCAGGGGGCUGCAGACUCUCCUGCAUCUCUCCAGUUUUAUUUUCUGCACCUGCUGCUCCAUCCUCCAUUCAGAAAUGGCUUGGCUCUCAGGCUGGGAUCACAGGAGGACCAGGGACAACCCUCCCACCAUGUAGGGGACACAAAGCAUGGAUAAAGCUUGCAGGGAGAGUGGUCUCUUUUCAUAGGUGAUGCCUGACAUCAACAAACUAAUACAACAUCUGUCCAGGGGAACUGUCCCCCUAGAAGUUGGAUGGGGAUCUUGAUUUGUCUUUUUCCAAACCAUCUUUUUAUUAUUAAUUACUAUUGACUUCUGGGGCAGUGUCCUUUGUUUCAAGACUUCAGUCAAUUUUCCCAUUUUGACCACCAUUCUUUCAUCCCAAGCAUGUGAAAGUCCUUUUCCUUGUAAAUUCAUUAUUCAAAACAUUAAAUAUGUAAGAGUAGAUACCUUCAGGGAAUGGGACUUAGAGUAAGGAAAAGGGGAGGAGAAGUAGGAGAUAUAUAGGCUCUUGAUAAUGUGGAAUAACAUAAAUUCAUUCAGUAAGUAUACAUUAAUGACCUACUGUGCUCCAGGCACUGUACUGGUUGCUGGGAUAUAACAAUGAACAAGACAGAUAUGAUCCCUGUUUUCAUAGAGCUUACAAUAGAGCCUGGUAAGGUUAUCUCCUGCCUCUGGCUUCACUAAUUGCUCAAAUUGAUCACAGGAUAGUACCGAUGAGACCAUGCUUUGAACCCAAAGUGGACCAGAAGUUUGGUUUUCCUUCAUAGACAUAGACCUCAACUCCAAUUCAGGUGAUAACUGUACAAAAGCAUGUUGUUAGAUCAAAGUAAAACCAACCCCUUUACUAGAAAAUCAGCUCAGAGGCCGGGCGUGGUGGCUUACAACUUGUAAUCCCAGCACUUUGAGAGGCCGAGGCAGGCGGAUCACUUGAGGUCAGGAGUUCGAGAUCAGCCUGGCCAACAUGGUGAAACCCUGCCUUUACUGAAAAUAUUAAAAAAAAAAAAAAAUUAGCUGGGCGUGGUGGCACAUGCCUGUAAUCUCAGCUACUCAGGAGGCUGAGCCAGGAGAAUCGCUUGAACCUGGGAGGCGGAGGUUGCCGUGAGCAAAGAUUGCUCCAUUGCACUCCAGCCUGGGCAGCAAGAGCGAGACUCUGUCUCAAAAAAAAAAAGAAAAGAAAAGAAAAGAAAAGAAAAUCAGCUCAGAGAGUUAAUGGGUCGUUAAUGUUUUCUUUAUAGAUAAAGUACAGCACUAAUCCUAAUCCAAUAAAUGAUAGUGAAACAAACAAAAAAUUUUUUUACAAUGACAUCCCUCUCUCUAAUUAUACAGACUGUGAGUUCCUGCUUUUUAUCUUAUAGAGUUUACAAAUUUGAACUGAAGUUUGUCAAGUACUAAGAGAAUCUUGACAAAG